AUGGGAGCCCAUUCUUCCAAAUCGCCGCCAAAUGGAGGUCUUCGAGUUCAUCGAGUAUAUCCCAACGGGCCCGGAGAUGUCGCCGGAAUAGAGCCCUUUUUCGACUACGUUCUGGAUGCGGAUGGCUACACCUACACCGACGACUCGGACGAGACCCUGAACUUGUUUACGAAGUACGUGAGCGACCACGAGAAUCAGCAGAUUUGCCUCAACGUCUACAACGCGCGCAAGAAGAACAUCCGCGAGGUGUUCAUAGUCCCGCAGAAGUGGGACGGCAUCGGAUUCCUGGGCCUGACGCUCAAGUUCGGCCUCUUCAACUGUCUGGACGAGGGCGCGCACAUCGUCCACGUCUACGACAAGUCCCCAGCGCAAAAGGCAGGGCUCAUGCCGAUUACCGACUACCUGCUCGGCACAAACAUGCAACUGUUCUUCGACCUGGACUGCGUGAGGAUCCACGUCGCGAACCAGGUGGACAAGGAGGUGGUCCUCAUCGUGUACAACAGCGUCACCGAGACUGUGCGGAGGGCCUUGAUCGUUCCCCGGGAGAAUUGGGGCGGCAAGGGGACCCUCGGCUGCGAUUUGGCCAAGGGGUACAUUCACCGCAUCCCCUACGUCAAGGCGCUCUUUACCUACCCCUCAAUUGAGACCUACUCGACCUACGAUUCAAACAACGCUGGCGAGGUCGUGGACACGAUUGACCUCUCAAUAGGCAACGUCGACAACUACUACAACAACAGUGCGAAUACCACACUGAGGCAGGACGACUCUCAGCGCCAGCAAGUGGCCGAGACUUCUGAAACUGCCGAGUCUGGCGCUCCCUUCACCGCUGCCGCCGCGCCUCAAAAUAACCUACAGCUUGAAGUUAAGUUCGAUGGAAGUGGCGAGCCACUAUCAGAACAUGAAUCGCACCAGGGGGACCUUCAGCCUGACCACAGUCAAUCCGAUUACCAGUACCAGCAUGACCAACAGCCGCCCCCCUCCGACGAUGAGGUCCGCAGGCCGCAUCAUCACGUCUCAGAAGAGCAGGCGCCUGACCCGGAUGUUAGCUACGAGAGCUCCGACUCCUACAAGCCUCCGACCAUGCUAAACUUGCAAUCUGACUACAUCAAUCUUGACUUAGUCGACAACCGCAGGGUGAAUCCCGAUCCCAGUCCCAAGGGCGCUGAUGAGGUCAGUCAGCUCGACAAGGGCCAACUGUUUCAGUUGUAA